CUUGCACGCCAUUUGAUGAUUUUUCCUCAGCUCCUUAACUUAAUCAUUUCCGCGUUUAUCACUUUUAAACGGUUUUGACAUUACUGAAGACUGCAAUUAAUUGCUGAACAGUGAAAAGGGGAGCGUCGUGGUGACGGAAUCAAACCGAAGCCAUUCAUUCCCUGCAGUUUCAGACUCGAGUCCCGCUGCCCAUCUCAUCAUGUCGUCAGAUCAAGCGCAACGCAGUAAAGACUCCACCAGCGUCCAUCUCUCUGUGGACUCCAGCGAAGUGCAGGGAUUUCUGGAGGGACUGCAGGAUCUGAAGAGCAGCGGAGUUCUGUGUGACGUGAUCCUCAAAGGAGCAGACGAUGCAUCUAAUGGGAUUCCCUGUCAUCGUGCUAUCCUCAGUGCCCACAGCAGCUACUUUCGCAGCAUGUUUUCUGCUGAAUGGAAAGAAUCUUUUCAGAAGGAGAUCCCGUUGCAGAAUAUCUCCUUCAACACGCUGAACACGUUGGUGACUUAUGCGUACACUCUGCAAAUCUGCCUGGAUGACGACAGCGUUGAGUCAGUUCUCGUUGCGGCGCUCUUCUUCGACUUCUCUCCCGUCGCUAAACUGUGCUGGGAUUUCUUGGAGAGUCGCCUGAAUGCAUCCAGUUGUCUGCAGGUGUACUGUCUGGCGCACACUCACAACAAUCCGCAUUUGGCCAACAAGGCCAAAGCCUUGGCGUGUCAGCAUUUUAUCAUAAUUGCACAGAGUGGUGAAUUUUUGCAGCUGGACGGACAACAGAUGGUUGAAUUGGCAGCAUCCGAUGACCUGAACGUUGAACACGAGGAUGAAGUGUUUGAGGCUGUUAAACGUUGGUCUGACCACGACCAGGCUGGGCGGAAGGCGCAGUUGUCCCACGUUUUACAGUAUAUCCGUGUGCCAUUUCUUUCUCCCAAGCGUCUUCACAAUUAUUAAUUGGCUUUCUCUAAUGGGUUUGACAACUCUGGCGCUGAUAAUUUCCCAUGUCCGUCGUCGAAUCUUGACGAGCUAUGUCAGAAUCCCGAGUCAGUACUAUCCCGAUGCCGACCACGG